AUGGCAGAUCCCCUUACAUUAGAUGAGGUCGAGGCUGCAGCCAAGAAGUCACUUCCCAGCAAAAUAUAUGACUUUUAUGCUUCAGGAGCAGAUGGCCAACGUGCAGUUGCGAGAAACCGUCAUGCAUUUUCAAGACUCUUUAUCAGGCCUCGAGUGCUGCAAGAUGUAUCUGACGUUGAUACAUCCGUAGAGCUCUUCGGUGUCCGCUCAGCUCUGCCGGUGGGAAUUGCCCCAAGCGCCAUGCAGAGGCUCGCUGGUGGCGAUGGAGAAAUCGAUGUUGCAAAAGCCGCAGCCGGCAUGGGACUAAAUCUAACCCUUUCUUCGCAAUCCACAAGUUCGCUGGAAGAUGUGAUGCAGGCAAAAAUCGAUACAGAGAAAGGCUUCCCUGGGCCUCCAUUUUGGAUGCAAAUUUAUCUGCACGACGACAUUCAGAAGAGUGUGCCUUUGAUUAGACGGGCGGAAGGCAAGUACUCUUUACCUCAAUAUCGUCUCGUCAAGGUUCAUUACACCAGUAUACUGACUAUAUUCAAAUCCACAGCCGCUGGCUACCAAGCCCUGGUGCUCACAGUUGACACGCCCGUGCUGGGCAACCGUCUUGCUGAGCGCAAGGAAGCUGUCGUCCUACCAAAGGGCUUAAGCUUACCCAACUUAGAAAAGACAACUCCGGGCGCGAAGCCGCAGCCGAGCAUUAACAGGCAGUUCAUGAACGUGAGAUCCGCUGCCGAAGCCAAGGCGCUUCGUGCGGCUUCUGGUUCCAAGAUGCACAGCGCGAGCCUCACUUGGGAACGAACCAUCACGGAGUUACGGAAAGUGACAAAGAUGAAGAUUAUUCUGAAAGGCAUCAUGACCGCGGAGGAUGCCGCGCUUUCUGUUCAAUAUGGCGCCGAUGCUAUUAUCGUGUCAAACCACGGCGGUCGCCAGCUGGACGAAACGUGCUCGACCAUAGAGGCUCUGCCUGAAGUAUCUGUGGCCGUGAAUGGUGCUUUGCCAGUCAUCAUAGACGGGGGAGUUAGGACCGGCGCGGAUGUGUUCAAGUGUUUGGCCCUGGGUGCUGAUUUUGUGCUCGUCGGGCGUCCUGCGCUCUGGGGACUUGCCUACGACGGUUGCCGGGGUGUCGAGACGGUCAUGCACAUUCUUGAGCGAGAGUUGAGUCGGACAAUGGCCUUAGCAGGCGUGAGGAGUGUAAAGGAAAUAUCCAGGGGCAUGUUGGGAGUCGCCAACCGAAACGGGUUCGGGGUAUCAAAGUUAUAG